AGCCUUCGGGUGGGAUCGCCCAACCCGGGUUUACCUGCAAAAAUGCAGUUCCCGGGAUUCCUUCGCAUCGCCUCUUCCCUCGGGUGACUCGAGAGACUGCUGUGUUACAGAAGAGGAUGUGACUUUCAGAAUAAUCCUGAAUGAGAAGGAUGAGUCCAGAUGUGCCUCUGCUGAAUGAUUACAAACAGGACUUCUUUCUGAAGCGCUUUCCGCAGACUGUUCUUGGAGGCCCUCGUUUCAAAUUAGGCUAUUGCGCCCCUCCUUACAUAUAUGUUAAUCAAAUUAUCCUUUUUCUGAUGCCAUGGGUUUGGGGUGGACUAGGAACACUCUUGUACCAGUUGGGCAUUUUGGAAGACUAUUACACAGCAGCACUUUCAGGUGGACUAAUGCUUUUCGCUGCAUUUAUCAUCCAGUUCACAAGUUUAUAUGCCAGAAACAAAUCGGUGACAGUAGAAAGAAUGCUAACCACAGAUAUCUUAACAGAGGAAGAUGAACAUGACUUUACAAGUUGUGCUGGUACUGAGACUAUCAAAUUUCUAAUUCCUGGCAAGAAAUAUAUAGCCAAUACAGUUCUUCAUUCUUUUCUUGCUGGGUUAAUGUGUGGUCUUGGAACCUGGUAUCUGCUCCCAAAGAGAAUAUCCCUGCUGUAUGGCAGUACAGGAGGCACUGUUCCACUGUUCGCCUUUGGAUGGAUGACAUUAUGUAUCGGAGAAUAUUCAUUAAUUGUAAACACAGCCGCAGAGACUGCGACUUUCCAACCCCAGGAUACUUACGAAAUCACUCCUCUUAUGAGACCUCUUUAUAUUUUUUCCUUUGUUUCUGUAGAUCUUGCACACAGGUUUAUGGUAAAUAUACCAGCUCUAGAACAAGUGAAUCAGAUUUUACACAUCUUGUUUAUAUUUCUACCCUUUCUGUGGGCACUCGGGACUCUGCCCCCACCUGAUGCACUUUUCUUAUGGGCAAUGGAGCAAGUUUUAGAGUUUGGCCUUGGAGGCUCAUCUAUGUCAACGCGCCUACGGUUAUUACUAAUGUUCAUCAUUUCUGCUGGAACAGCUGUAACAUCAUAUUUCAUUCCCAGCACUGUUGGUGUGGUUCUUUUCAUGACGGGACUUGGGUUCUUACUGAGUCUUAACCUAAGUGACAUGGGUCUUGCCUUCAAACACAGUGUGACUAGACACAGAGUUGGAACCAAAUCUAAGCCUUUACCCAGUGAUUCAGAAAAACAGUUUACUUGGAAGGAAUGCCUUUUCUACAUCAUCAUAUUAGUCUUGGCUCUCAUAGAAACUAGUUUGCUGCAUCAUUUUGCUGGUUUCUCACAGAUUUCCAAAAACAGUCCUCAGGCUAUUGUUGGCUAUGUUUUGAUGAUACUGCUUAUAAUACUGUGGAUACUUAGAGAAAUUCAAAGUGUCUGUAUCUUUGGAAUUUUCCGAAACCCUUUCUAUCCAAAGGAUGUGCAAACUGUGACUUUAUUCUUAGAGAAGCAAACAAGGCUUGUGAAGAUUGGUGUUGUCAGAUGGAUUUUGCUAAAUCUAGUGUCACCCUUUGCUAUGAUCGCAUUUCUUUCAUUGGACAGUUCCUUACAGGGGCUCCACUCUGUGUCUGUUUCCAUUGGAUUCACGAGAGCUUUUAGAAUGGUGUGGCAGAAUACAGAAAAUGCUUUAUUGGAGACAGUCAUUGUAUCAGUAGUACACUUGUUGAUCUCUAGUAAAGAUGUGUGGUGGAACAGAAGCCUGGAUACAGGAAUCAGACUCUUACUGGUUGGUAUCAUGCGUGAUCGUCUGAUUCAGUUCAUCUCUAAGCUGCAGUUUGCUGUGACCAUACUUUUGGCAUCGUUGACUGAGAAAAAACGUCGAAAGUCAACCACCACUUUAUGUAUACUCAACAUUGUCUUCUCUCCGUUCGUGCUGGUCUUCAUCGUUUUCUCUACACUGCUCUCCUCUCCCUUACUCCCCCUCUUCUCCCUUCCUUUGUUCUUGGUGGGCUUUCCCCGACCUGUUCGGAUUUGGCCAGGAGCAGUGGGCGCCACAGCCUGCGUGUGUGCAGACACAGUGUACUACGCCCACAUGGUCCCAAGUCUGACCGCCGCACUGCAGGCUGCAAUGGCCAGUGGGAGUUUAGGUCUCCUCUUACCUGGGUCUCAUUACUUGGGCCGUUUUCAGGAUCGUUUAAUAUGGAUAAUGAUUCUAGAAUGUGGUUAUACUUACUGCUGUAUUAACGUUAAGGGGUUAGAAUUGCAAGAGACAUCCUGUCAUACUGCUGAAGCUCAAAGAGUUGAUGAAGUUUUUCAAAGUGCCUUUGAAGAAGAAUAUUCAAGAAUAUGUUCUAUUAAUGAACACUUUGGAAAUGUCUUGACACCCUGUACUGUUUUGCCAGUAAAACUCUAUUCUGAUGCCAGGAACGUUCUAUCUGGCAUAAUCGAUUCUCAUGAUAAUUUAAAAGAAUUUAAAGGUGACCUUAUUAAAGUACUUGUGUGGAUACUCGUCCAGUACUGUUCCAGAAAGCCCAGCGUGCAGGAGGUUGUUCACAAAACUGAAAAUAAAGGGAAAGCAUCUCUAAUAAUCCUGCCUGCUUUGAAUGCUUCACCACAAACCCAAUCCCCAGAAGACACAGAUAGUUUAAAUUCAGAAAUUUUGGAUGAUUGGUCUGAUGAUAAUGUUUUUGGUGAUGAGCCAACUAUCGGAAAAGAAGAAAAAAAUCAAUUAAAAGUUGUAUCAGGUAUAAAUUUGCCUAUUCCAGGGUCAGUAGAAUCACAGGGGGUUGGUGAUCAUUCUAUAGGCACAGUUCCUGAAAACAGUCUUUACGAGUCAGUUAUAUUGGGAUACCCUGUUGUUGACAAAGGAAAACAAAAAGAUGUGGCGUGUAUCCCUCUCAUGGAAUUCAGUUGUUCUCAUUCUCACUUGUUAAGCUUACCUGAAGAGUGGACAUCUAACUGUUUGCCUAAUUCCAAAAUGAGGGAGAUGAGCUCAUUAUUUCCAGAAGAGUGGUACCAAUUUGUUUUAAGGCAGUUGGAAUGUUUACAUUCAGAACAAAAUGCUUCAAAUGUACUGGAAGAAAUUGCAAAGGACAAAGUUUUAAAAGACUUCUAUGUUCAUGCAGUAAUGACUUGUUAUUUUAGUUUAUUUGGAGUAGACAAUAUGGUUCCCAGUCCUGGUCAUAUAUUGAGAGUUUACAGUGGUGUUUUGCCUUGGUCUCUUGCCUUGGAUUGGCUCACAGAAAAGCCAGAACUGUUCCAGCUAGCACUGAAAGCUUUCAGGUAUACUCUGAAACUAAUGAUUGAUAAAGCAAGCUUAGGUCCAAUAGAAGACUUUAAAGAGCUGAUUAACUGCCUUGAAGAAUAUGAAACUGACUGGUACAUUGGUUUGGUAUCUGAUGAAAAGUGGAAGGAAGCAAUUUUACAAGAAAAACCAUACUUGUUUUCUCUGGGAUAUGACCCUAAUAUGGGAGUUUACACUGGGAGAGUACUUACCCUUCAAGAAUUGUUGAUCCAAGUUGGGAAGUUAAAUGCUGAAGCUGUUAGAGGUCAGUGGGCCAAUCUGUCAUGGGAAUUGCUUUAUGCCACAAACGAUGAUGAGGAGCGAUAUAGUAUACAAGCUCAUCCACUACUUUUAAGAAACCUUACGGUACAAGCAGCUGAUCCUCCCCUGGGAUAUCCAAUUUAUUCUUCAAAACCUCUUCCCAUACAUUUGUAUUAG